AUGGAGUGGGAUCCCAGUCGUUUCUUCCGGACUGAGGAUAGUCCUUCUCCGUACGCUUUGCUCGUGCUGAAUCAGCCAAUCAAUGAGAAGGCGUUUCGAGCACUACGUGAGCAUGCUUCUUUCAUCAUUUGCGCUGAUGGCGCCGCGAAUUAUUUCUAUGAAAUGAUGAAAGGUCACGGGACAGAGUCUACAGAACUACCCGACAAGAUCGUGGGCGAUCUGGACUCGAUCCGUCCAGCAGUGAAAGAGCACUACGAGAAACUGGGCGUAUCAAUCUACAAAUACCAAGACCAAUACCUACCAGACUUCGCCAAGUGCCUGAAAUACAUCAACGCAAAUGCAACCGAGAUCAUCGCAUCUUCCCACCAACAGCCUGCUACAGGAAACACGACGUCAACAAACUCGGAAAAUGCACAGUCAGCUGCAGACGCAGAGCAAAACCAAAAACUCGACAUCGUCAUCCUGGGCGGUCUCGGCGGCCGCGUCGACCAAGCAUUUUCCCAAAUUCAUUAUCUCUACAUGAUGUCCCAGACCCAACAAGAGAUGCUCGAAACAAAAGCACGACGCGUAAAUGAAGACGACGAUCACAGCCGCUCAUAUAUCUUCAAGCAAGCUUCCGGGGGCCAACUUUACCUCGUCUCUGAGGCGAGUAUUACGUUCAUUUUACAGCAAGGGAAGAAUACGAUUCACACGCCUGGUACGAAACGUCCGGAUCUUCCGCAGGCUGAAUCGCGGUCUGAGGAUGAAUCGCGUAAACGGAAGCGAGAUGAAGAGAAAGAACCGGAGUACUUCUUUGAAGAGAAUAUCGGCAUUAUCCCGCUUACGGGUCCUACGUCAAUCACCACGGAAGGAUUUGAAUGGGAUGUGCAGGAUUGGCAUACGUCAAUUGGAGGAGGCCCGUUGUCAACCAGUAAUCAUAUCCGCGCGGAUGUCGUCUCGGUCGAGGCGCCGGUGCCGAUACUAUUCACCGUGGAACUGGCUGAGAGGUUUAGACGAUGA